AGGCGGUCCUUCGCGGCGUCCCCCGGGCCGACUCCGAAGCGCAGGCGGGCGGCCGGGUGGGUAGCGCGGCGCGGGCGGUCCGCAAGCAUAUUCUGGGCACGGGGCCUCCGCCCGGGACGACUGCGCCGGGCGGCAAUAGUGAGAGGCCUCUGAGGGCCUCGCGCGGCGCCGCCCGUCGAGGAGCUGAGGCGGGGGCCAGACCCGGCCGUCGAAGAGCUCAAGAGGCCGGUGGGCCGGGCCGCGCGUCGCAGCCAUGCCUGGCUUUACGUGCUGCGUACCGGGCUGCUACAACAACUCACACCGGGACAAGGCGCUGCACUUCUACACCUUUCCCAAGGACGCUGAGCUGCGGCGCCUCUGGCUCAAGAACGUGUCCCGUGCUGGCGUCAGCGGGUGCUUCUCCACCUUCCAGCCCACCACGGGCCACCGUCUCUGCAGCGUUCACUUCCAGGGCGGCCGCAAGACCUACACGGUGCGCGUUCCCACCAUUUUCCCGCUGCGUGGCGUCAAUGAGCGCAAAGUCGCUCGGAGACCUGCGGGAGCCGCGGCAGCCCGCCGUAGGCAGCAGCAGCAGCAACAACAGCAGCAGCAGCAACAACAGCAGCAGCAGCAGCAGCCGUCUCCGUCCUCCUCCACUGCCCAGACCACCCAGUUGCAGCCAAACCUGGUGUCUGCCUCUGCGGCCGUGCUUCUUACCCUUCAGGCCGCUGUAGACAGCAGCCAGGCUCCGGGAUCCGUGGUUCCAGCGUCCACGACUCCCUCGGGAGAUGAUGUCAAGCCCAUCGACCUUACAGUGCAAGUAGAGUUUGCAGCUGCUGAAGGGGCAGCCGCCGCUGCCGCUGCAUCAGAGCUAGAGGCUGCUACAGCUGGGCUGGAGGCCGCUGAGUGCACUCUGGGCCCUCAGCUGGUGGUGGUGGGGGAAGAGGGCUUCCCAGAUACUGGCUCUGACCACUCGUACUCCUUGUCGUCGGGUACCACGGAGGAGGAGCUCCUGCGCAAGCUGAACGAGCAGCGGGACAUCUUGGCCCUGAUGGAAGUGAAGAUGAAAGAGAUGAAGGGUAGCAUCCGCCAUCUGCGUCUUACCGAGGCCAAGCUCCGUGAAGAACUUAGAGAGAAGGAUCGCUUGCUUGCUAUGGCUGUCAUCCGUAAGAAGCACGGAAUGUGAAUGUUCCCCCCCACACCUCCCCGGCCCAGAAACCUGCAGAAUUCGUGACUCCUUCCAGCCCAAAGGAAUCCUCAGGCAGAUGUUGAACUCCCCAAUAUUCUGGUUGACAGUGCUGAGGUUAGGACAGCGGGACUCCAGGUGGUCAGUUGGCACCCUCUUUCGUCUCCUCCUGAAGUAGGAGUUGGGGACUUCAGAAUCUGGUGACACCAGCAGUUAUGACUUUGUCUCUCACUCCCCAGUUUAUGUUGCAGAUUCUGGCUAUACAAAGGCUUCAGAACCAUUGAACUUGAAACUUACCCUGGAGAGGUGUAGAUGGAACUCUUAGGGACUGUGGGUUUGAGGGAACCUCGUCUUAAGGUUGGCCAGCAAUCAGAGACAGCUUUGCUGUGUGUAGUGAUAAGAGAUCUCGGUAACAUCAUUUCUCCUUUUCAUGCUACGUUUCAGGUGCAGCCUGUGAUUUGGAAGGGGACUAGCUGAUCUGUGCCUCUGCCUCAUAGGCCCUCUACCCAGAAGGUCGUUCAUGAGAGGGCUCUGGGUGACUUGCUGAUGUUGAUCCAGCUUACCAGGGACUUAGGGUUAUCUCGUUGCGUUUGCUACUGGUUACAAAUUCUAUUUUCUGUACAAUUAGACUGAAGUUUUCACUGUGUUUGGCAAAACAAAUUAAACGAAAAAGUAAGGUUUUUAUUUGGGUUUCGACAUUUUUUUUUAUUAAAGCUAAGUGUCCUUGAAAUAUGGGGAUAUAGGUCUUGGCCUGUUUGAAAGAACAGGCUAGCCUAGAAGGAAGAGAUGAUUAAACAACUGGACCGUCCCUCCAUAGAGCACAUAGAGAUUCAUAAGGUUCCUUGUUCAGGUCACUCCAAAGAGUUUGGAAGCUGCACGAAAGGUCUUGGUUUGUCCAUGAUUAUUUCUAUGGAUUGUUUAUGUGUACAUACAUAAAUGUGUGUAGUGUGGGGGGUACCUGCCAGAGGUUCUAUAUAUAUAGCCUUUUUUUUUUUCUGGAGACAUGACUUAGCUGAUUGGUAGAGCACUUGCCUAGCAAGCACAAAGCCCUGGGUUCAACCCUCAGUUCUGGAAAGUGUGUGGGGAUGCUGUCUUCUCACUUGCUUGGAUCUCACCCAGAGAUAGGCUCUUUGGCCAGCCAGUGAGCCUCAGGGAAUCUGUGUGAGUCUGCCUCCCCAGUGCUAGGAUUACAAGUUUGUACCACCAUGCCUAUUUUUUGUUGUUUUUAUUACAUGGGUUCUGUGGGUAUGCUUGCAAGGCAAGCACUUCCAACUGAACUACCUUUCCAUCCCUUUCCUUGACUUUUUAAGCGAAAAGGUAUGACUGAAAAGUAAAUGGGAAUUGUUUUGUUCCUCUAGAUUUUUGAUAGUUUUAAUUUCUUUUUUUUUCCCCCGUGUGUGGAGUGGGGGAAGGGUUGAAACAGGGUAUCUCUCUGUAGUCCUGGGUAGUCUGGAACUCAGUUUGUAGACCAGGCUGGCCUCAAACUCAAGAGAUUUACCUGUCUCUGACUGCCAUUAAAUCUCUGACUGAGAUUAAAAGUGUGCACCACCAUGCUGGGCUUAAUUUCGUUCGUGAAUUCUACAGUUGAAGUUUGCUUACCAUUUCACCUCUUGGGACAUGUAGUGUCUGGAACACAUGUGGAUGUAAUUAAUAAACCAGUGAAGUCCAGAAUUGGAAGCAGCCUUGGCUCUUUCAGGCACCCUGGACUCUUGUUA